AUGUGGAAAUUUGCCGACGAUACUACGGUCUCUGAAAUUGUUGAAAAAAACGAACAAAGUACUUUACAAAUGGAUAUCGAUGAUAUUACUACUUGGUCUAUGGACAGUUCCUUUCAACUAAACCCAUUUAAAUGCAAAGAAAUGGUAAUAUCCUUUUCACGAUUACCACCUGUUUUUGAACCUAUACGUAUUGGUGACCGAAAUUUGGAAAGAGUGACAAGUAUCAAAUCGCUUGGAGUUAUAUUAAGAAAUGACCUUAAAUGGAUAGACCAUGUAAAUUCAAUUGUCUCCAAAGCAGAUAAACGUUUAUAUUUGUUGAGGCAACUCAAACGUGCUGAUGUCGCUUCGGCAGAUUUGGUCAAAUUUUUUUGCAGCUGUAUAAGGUCUGUCCUCGAAUAUGCGUGCCAAUUAUUCCAUAGUUCCCUGCCACGAAAUCUUGCAAAAAACAUUGAACGUAUACAGAAGCGAGCAAUGAAAAUAAUAUUCUAUGAAUUGUCUUACGACGAGGCUCUUAACAUCGCUGGUAUUUCAACUCUUGAAAACAGACGGGAGUAUCUAUCCAAUAAUCUCUUCAACGACAUUGUUUUAAAUGAUGAUCAUAAACUUGCCAAACUUUUACCAUCCAAAGCAGGCAAUAGAGAAUUACGAAAAGAAAGAUCUUUUGAAGUUUUACCAGCAAAUACAAAUCGUUUCGGAAACUCUUUUAUCAACUUUUAUGCUAAGAAACAUUACAAAUUAGAUGUUCCUUGA